UAUAUGAGAUGGCUACUGGCAAAUAUCCAUUCUCUGCCAGUAUAUUUCCUGAAAAAAUUCAGAAGUCACUGAUCAACGAUGUUCCCACCUACCCAAAACGACUCGACCCACAAGCCAGAGACCUCAUAGAGAGGCUCUUAAUCAAGUCACCAGAGAGUCGCCAGUUAGCGGUAUGUAACAUCAGGGAACAUCCAUUUUUCAUGGACAUCGAGUGGACAGAUAUAGAGGAAGCAGCAGCUUGUCCACCAUUCCAACCAGGACCACUACCAGUGAUGACAUCGAAAAAAAUAAAUGAUGUCCUAUCCUCCACCGAAGCCAAUAAGCCACCAAUGGCCGAUAAAGAUCAAAAGCUAUUCUGUGGAUUCACUUUUGCCAAUGCCAGAUGGCAGGUCAUAAAGCCAAUACAAGAACCUGUCAUACGUCAUCGCAGAACAUUUGGCAGAAUUGUGAGAGAGAUCGUCCACAGGAUCUGGAGGAGGAUAAACCACUGGAAGUGAGCAGCUCCACUAUAUAUACAGAUGUCCGCAAUAGAUCAGUGGGAGAAAACCAUCAUGUUAUAGCAGAGCCUCUUGAUGACAUCACACUCACCAGGAAAAUCCACCGAGAAUUGCUGUCCUUGUAUGAGCCUCAAAUUCCAACCUCUGACCUCUAUGUACUCUCCUGACAACUUAUCGGUACUGUGAUAUAACAGUCCUGGUCCUUCAGUUUCAUUUCCAACUGCCACUAGGAGUAACCUGAGGGUCAUAACCUGCAGAGUAGCAGGAGCAGAGAAGCAGCAGGAAGUCGAUGAAGAUUCUUCCACGAAUCAAUGAAUUGACCGCCAGCGCUUCUAGUCCACAAGCUGCCUCUUGUGCCCAAGGGAAGGGUAGUCCUUACGCCAUGGUUCCCUAGAGGUUUCCUCCACAGGGGGUUUUUCCUCUCCUGCGUGCCAACGGAUAACAACAUCAACAAGAAAAUGGUAACUUGUUGGA